AUGAAACAGAGGAAGAACAGUAAUCUCUCGAUCUUCGUCGUCGUCUUCUCUGUUUUCCUCUUCGGGAUCUUCAUGUACAACGAAGACGUCAAAUCCAUCGCCGAGUUCCCUUUCUCAAGCUCAAAACCCAGCGAUGUCCAGCAGGAAGAGACGAAACCGAUCAAAGAGAUCGCAUCACUACCGAUACAGGAAUCGAUCAAGAGCUCAGACCCAAUCCAAUCCACCGCGGGAAACGCAGACCCGAUUCAGCAAUCGGUUAAAACCCCAGACACGGAUCAAGAUUCCGUGAAGGAAACAGAGGAGGUGACGAAAACAGAGGCAGAGAAGAAAAUUGAGCUUUUUGCCGUGACGGAGGAAGAAGAAGACGUGGAGUUUCCGCCGGAGGAGUGCGAUUUGUUCACCGGAGAGUGGGUUUUCGAUAACGAGACGCAUCCGUUGUACAAAGAGGAUCACUGCGAGUUCUUAACGGCGCAAGUGACGUGCAUGAGGAACGGAAGGAGAGACUCUCUGUAUCAGAAUUGGAGAUGGCAGCCGAGAGAUUGUUCUUUACCAAAGUUCAAAGCGAAAUUGCUGCUGGAGAAGCUAAGGAACAAGAGAAUGAUGUUCGUUGGGGAUUCGCUUAACCGGAAUCAAUGGGAAUCGAUGGUUUGCAUGGUUCAAUCAGUGGUUCCUCCCGGUCGAAAGAGCUUGAACAAAACCGGUUCUCUCUCUGUCUUCCGAAUCGAGGAUUAUAAUGCGACGGUGGAGUUUUAUUGGGCGCCAUUUUUGGUGGAAUCGAAUUCGGAUGAUCCAAAUCUGCAUAGUAUACUUAACCGGAUAAUAAUGCCUGAGUCAAUUGAGAAGCAUGGAGUCAACUGGAAAGGCGUUGACUAUCUGGUCUUCAACACUUACAUCUGGUGGAUGAACACAUUCGACAUGAAAGUCCUACGAGGAUCGUUCGAUAAAGGAGACACUGAGUACGAAGAGAUCAAACGGCCAGUAGCGUACCAGAGAGUGUUAAAGACUUGGGGAGAUUGGGUGGAACAGAAUAUUGAUCCUCUACGUACCACUGUUUUCUUCGCUAGCAUGUCUCCUCUCCACAUCAAGAGCUUGGAUUGGGAGAAUCCAGAUGGGAUAAAAUGCGCACUGGAGACGACACCGAUCCUAAACAUGUCAAUGCCAUUCAGCGUAGGAACAGACUACAGGCUGUUUUCAGUAGCGGAGAACGUCACGCGUUCUCUUAAAGUUCCGGUUUACUUCCUCAACAUCACGAGACUCUCCGAGUUCCGGAAAGAUGCUCACACUUCGGUUCACACAAUCCGACAAGGCAAAAUGCUGACGCCGGAGCAACAAGCCGAUCCCAACACUUACGCCGACUGUAUCCAUUGGUGUCUUCCCGGUUUGCCUGACACGUGGAAUGAGUUCCUUUACUCGCGUAUUAUUUCUCGUUCGUGA